UCCGUUCAUCUUACCAGACUCUCCGAACAAGCUUGUGCACAACUUAAGCAAUGGAGAUGGCUUUUAGUUUUAGCUCGCGGGCUUGCUUGAUGGUAGUGGCACUGCUUAUGGGGCUCUGCAUUGGCACGCCGACGGCGGUAGCGGCGGGGAGGAUCGACGACGGCCUGGAGGUGACGUGGGGUAACGGGCGCGGGAGCGUCUCUCCCGACGGCCAGGUGCUGACGCUGUCGCUCGACCGCACCUCCGGCUCGGGGUUCCGCUCCAAGGACACGUACCUCUUCGCUCGCAUCGACCUUCAGAUCAAGCUUGCCCCCAACAACUCCGCAGGCACGGUCACCACUUGCUACUUCAUGUCGGAGGGGCCAUGGGAGAUCCACGACGAAGUCGACCUCGAGUUCCUGGGCAACGUGACAGGCCAGCCGUACACGCUCCACACCAACGUCUACACCAACGGCACCGGCGGCAAAGAGCAGCAGUUCCACCUCUGGUUCGACCCGACCACCGAUUUCCACACCUACUCCAUCGUCUGGACUCAGCAGCACAUCCUUGUGCUCGUGGACGGGGCGCCGAUCCGGGAGAUCAAGAACCACGCGGACCAUGGCGUGCCGUACCCUGCGUCGCAGCGGCUGCGGCUGUACGGGAGCCUGUGGGACGCCGAGGACUGGGCCACGCAGGGCGGCCGCGUCAAGACGGACUGGUCGCAGGCGCCUUUCGUGGCGCAGUACCGCAACUUCACCGCCGCGGACGCUUCACCGGCGGUUGCCGGGGGCUGGGGGUACGGCCAGGAGAUGGACGCCACGGCGCAGCAGGCGGUGAAGUGGGCGCGGGACAACUACAUGGUGUACGACUACUGCGCGGACAGCGAGAGGUUCCCCCAGGGAGUCCCGCGAGAGUGCUCCAUGCCGUAGAGAUCAGCUAAACGCUGAUGACCUUUGAUUGCAAACUCAAUUACAUGCAGAGCACUAG